AUGUCAUCUGGAGCUGGUUUUGACUGCGCAGCAAACGAGAAUUGCGUGCUCUUGCUCUUGCUAGCUGGAAGCAUUGGCAAUCACGCAUUGACAAAACCGCUGAGAACUAAGCAUAUGGCCAGCGUGGAUGGGAGAAAGAAUUUGGACCCCGUUCACUUCUCUGGGAUGGAAGAGGCGUUCGGGACGGCAACGCUCAACAUCAGCCAGGGGGGCGCUGCCCCUGGUCAUUUGCCAAGAGUACUGGAGUGCCAUGUACACUACAUUGCCCAAGGGGAUAAGCAGGGGGUGACAGGUGAUGGAGAUAGCACCCAAAGGUCGCUGCUGACAGGGGUGAAGGACUGCAAAAUGUACGGCGCAGACCUAACGGUAUCGCAGUACAAGUGGUCUUGCUCCAUGGUUCCUGGUCAUCGGAUGGGCGGCGAGGACAAAAAGACGCCGCUUAAGGCCCAUCGCAUCACGGAUAGUGCAGACAACGAGAAGGAGAAGAACGCAAGAUCGGCAGAGAAGAGAAAGAGACGGGCGACCAUUCCAGUUCAAAGUAGCCAUGUCUACGCCCGACAGGCUACCAACUGGAAGAACACUUGGAUGAAGGUACGCCUCGGUGCAAUUUUCUUGACAAUCGAGUUGGCCCCCGGUAGUGGUCGAGUCCAGCCAGACUACCCAGCUGGCCGAUGCCUGUGGGCUGUGGCUGCUAAAAGUGUUUUACAAGUCGGCAGCUGCUUGUCUCGGCAGAUGUUCCAGGCGUUUUUGAGUUUGAGAUGCAGAACUAAAGGGCCGCGGCCCCGUGGUAUCAGGGCUGAGCAGCUCUGGUUCGGGUCCCCAGCGAGUGAUGUGUCCUUCCGCGGUUUUGUCGGGUUGCAGUCUGGCAAAGUCGGGGGUCGAAAAUUCCUGACAAGCGAUAGUGCCGAGAAAGGAGUACAACAGCAAUCUGCAUGGUGA